AUGAGGGGGCUCUCCGGCGGUGAUGAUCGUCGGCAAUGGAUCGAAUUAGCAGUUGCCGUCACGGCCGUGGGCGUAAUCUACUUGGCCGUCUACAGGGGUAGUCAUGAAUUACUUAUGUCGAGAAGGAAAAAUAAACAUGCACUUCGACCUAGACAAUGGAAAAGUUUGUUUACAGAGGAAGGGAUACUAACUGAUGGUGGCGUCUUUUUCUGGUCCGAAGAUGGUGGUUCCAAGUUGUUAGAAAAAGUUCGCAGUGGAGGUGUUGAUCCGAGUAUACGAGCUGAAGUAUGGCCUUUCCUCCUCGGAGUAUAUGACCUGGACAGUUCCGAGAAAGAACGAGAAUCUGUCAGGAAAAAAAAGAGAAAAGAAUAUGAGAUGUUGCGGAAACAAUGCCAGAGUCUUUUAACACAAGGUAAAUGGUUCGAUCUCUUAAAGCUCUUCACCAAUGCAGCAGCAGAUUACGCCGAUUCGCAGAGAACCAUUCGCCUCGAUGCUGUGCGCGCAGAUGAUGAAUGGGCUACAUAUUCACCCUCUCAGGCUGCUCUUGUCUCAAAGACGAAGGCACAUAAAGAAGCUGAGAGUGUAGGGCUGAAGCUGCAUAUUACGGUGGAUUAUGAAGACUUGGAGCCGAGAAGGAUAUUUCAUGCUGCUAGACUUGUUGCUAUCCUGGAAGCCUAUGCUAUGUACGAUCCUGAAAUUGGUUACUGUCAAGGUAUGAGCGAUCUACUUGCGCCUAUCAUUACAGUGAUGGAGAAGGAUGAUGAAGCCUUCUGGUGCUUUGUGGGUUUCAUGAAAAUGGCUAGGGAUAACUUCCGGCGGGAUGGGACUGGGAUUGAAAGGCAGCUUAGCAUUAUUUCCAGGAUUAUCAGGGGCAAAGAUGUUACUUUAUAUAGACACCUAGAGAAGCUUCAAGCAGCGGAUUGCCAUUUUGUGUACAAAAUGCUAAUGGUUCUCUUGAGGCGGGUGUUGAGCUUUGAGCAGACACUUUGCCUCUGGGAGGUAAUGUGGGCAGAUCAGGCAGCAAUCAGGGAGGGAAUUGCAGAGUCUGAUUGGGGGAGAUCUCCGCCUGUUGACGAUCUCUUUCUGUAUGCAAUAGCAGCUUGUGUGCUGCAGCAAAGGGACAGCAUACUUGAAUGCAGCAGCAUGGAAGACAUCAUAAGCGAGUUCAAUAGCAUGGCUGGCCGUCUGGAUGUUUGGAAGCUUUUAGAUGAUGCUCAUGAUUUGGUGGUGAGUCUGGUGACCCUUCAUGACAAGAUUUAG